GUAUUAAUUAUCAAUUAUAUAAGGUUUAAAUAUGAGUUCGAGUUCGAAUAAUUCGCAUGUACAAUUUUCCGAUGUAAGAACCUUUCAUACAACUCCAACAUAUUAUAAUUCACUUUACAAUCCAAACAAUUUUCCCGUCGUGUACGAUGCGAAUCACGUGAUGGUCUCGCCGCAGCUCACCAUCCAUCCAUUCAACUUCUUUUAUAGACCACCGAAUGAACUUUACCAUUACAACAUUAAAUGUAACGAAAUCUCUUACAGCAACGUUAUAUUCCUAUUAAAUAAAUCAUUGAAUAGUAAAGAAUUUAACACUCAAUCCAAUGAAAAUGAAUAUAUUUUCUUUUAUCAACAAGAAUAUGACAAUCGAUUUUAUCAGGUUACUUGUGAAAUUGUUUCGCCUUCUUCGAUUACUAAUUACUUGAAUGAAAAUAUUUAUGGAAUUAAACCUCAACAAGAACAACAAGAAGAACGAUUAUCAUUUAUUAUCGAACAAAAGCAGAAUCUUGAAUUUCAUUUAACACAAUAUUUAAGAAAUUAUUUAUUGAAUUAAAUUAAGUAUGGUUUUAAUUAUAUGUACCAAUAAGCUUUAAAUUUGUAUUGUAUUUGUAUGUUAUAAGUUAU